GACGUUACAAUUUGUUGUCAUCGUUAUCAAGUUUUACGUUUUCAUUUAAUUUAGUCAGUUAAAAUUAUAAAAAGCUUUCUUAUAAAACCGAGAUUUGUUUUAAAUUAUCACGAACUUGUUCAUUUUAGUAACACAGAAAGACACUUUAGGUCAACAUGAAGCCAAAUGGUGGUGGUGACGAGUUCGAAGAACCGGAACACAUGCGUAAACUGUUUAUCGGUGGAUUAGACUACCGAACAACUGAUACAUCAUUGAAGGAAUUUUACGAGCAAUGGGGCGAAAUUGUAGACGUGGUGGUUAUGAAGGAUCCACAAACGAAAAGAUCAAGAGGGUUUGGUUUCAUAACUUACUCCCAAGCUUCAAUGGUAGAUGAUGCACAAAGCAAUCGGCCACAUAAAAUUGAUGGCAGGAUUGUGGAACCUAAACGAGCAGUACCAAGGGAAGAAAUCAAGAGACCCGAUGCUAGUGCCACGGUUAAAAAGCUUUUUGUCGGAGGCCUAAAGCAAGAUAUUGAAGAAGAGGAUUUGAAGGAAUAUUUUAGCCCGUAUGGCAACAUUGUGUCCGUCAGUUUAGUGACUGAAAAGGACACCGGCAAAAAGAGGGGUUUCGGCUUCAUCGAGUUUGAUGACUAUGACCCUGUGGAUAGGAUAUGUCUGCAGCCGAACCACAACAUAAAGGGGCGUCACUUGGACGUGAAGAAGGCUCUGUCGAAGUCGGAGAUGGCGGGCGGGCCCGCGGGCGGCGGCGGGCGCGGCGGCGCGCGCGGCGGCCGAGGGGGCGGCGGCGGCGGCGCCUGGAACCGCGGCGGCGACAACCAGGACUGGGGCAAUCAAGGGGGAUAUGGUCAAGGAGGAUGGGGUAACCAGAACCCGUGGGACACCAGCAACCAAGGUGGUUGGGGCAACCAGGGCUAUGGAGACCAGGGCGGCUGGGGCCAGGCCCAGAGCUUCGGCGCCGGCUACCAGCAGAACUACUCGGGAGGGCCUAUGCGGGCUAAUUAUAACACUUCUCGUGCUCAGCCUUAUAAUCAAGGCGGCAGCGGCGGCGGCGGCGGGUACGCCACGGGCUACAGCAGCAUGGGCGGCGCCAACGCCGGCGCCAACGCCGGCGCGCCCGCCGGCAACCAGCGCCGCUUCUAGUCCUCUUGUAUCAAGUUGCGCUUAGUUGAAGCUAGGCAGGCAGAAUGUUAGACGGGAAGGUAGGCCAGGCGUCAGCUAGCUAGUGAGGGACAAGCGGACUUUACCAAGUGACUACAGUUACAUAGUCAUUUUACAUUUUUUUCUUCAAGUAAGGUUGGUUCACAAUAAGGUACUGUGUAGGCAAUAGAUUCUUUUUUCCUAUUUGUAAGAUUGUAAUAGUCGUUUAGCACUCGAUGCUUUUAUUCUUUUAAUACUAGAAUUGCAAUAUACAAGGUUCACUGAAAUAUCUAUUUCCUGACACCGGACAUUUUGGAAAUUUGCUCACUUGCCUUGAUUCUUCAUGGCAUUGAUCAGAUUAUCAAAUAAUAUUAUAAAUAUUGAUGGUAUCAAAAGUAUUAAAUGAAAUUAUGAGAAAAUGAAUUACAAAAAAUAUAUAGGGGCUCAUAAAGUAAUGUCUCAUUCCAUCGUUAUAGUCUGGUGUAUAUGAAAGUCAAUAUUAAAAGGAUAUUGUAUUUUGCAUUUCCAGUAUUGAGAGUGUAAAAGUAAAAUCACAGUUUUUACAUUUUUAACGUGUCACAGUGUCUGUAAUGCACGGAUUUUAGACAGGUAUCUUUCGCACCAGCCGUCCGCAUAAGACGUUAUUUGCAACCAGGCGAUUUAUGUAAAAGCUGUGGCUUGAUGCUGUUACGUUUCUAGUUCAUAAGUGAGAAAAAAAAACAAAUUGAAUUUGACUUUAUUAGUGUUUAAUAUAAAGUCGUGGGUUAUAUUUUAUUUUAAAUUUUAACGCUCAGAAUGCUAGGACUAGAUUUAAAUUGACAUUCCAAAGGAUUAUAACAGUUGCUUAGGUGCAACUCGUUACACAUUCAGAAUUAAUGUGAUUAUAAUUUAUAUGGCAAUAACUACCUAUAAUAAACUGUACGUGAAGUUGUCAAUAUGUAAAGAAAAUAUUUAUUGCAUUGUUGCAUGGAAUUGUUAUUUUAUAACUUAAAUAUUUAAAAUUACAAGAUUGUUCACAAAUAUUCGACAUGCUAGUCAAUAAAAACUUUCUGGCUAAGAAUGUUAUUUGCGCGUUUAACCCCAAUUUAUAGUUAAGUGUAAAAUGUCUAUUUGUUUGCGUUUGUUUUUCUCAAUUUUACCUACACUGUUAAUGUAGAUUCCUCUUACAUAUGUCUGUGUGCAAUAUAUUAAAUAAAAACUGUUUUCCAUGGACUCUUCUACAUGCGGACGAGCAUUCCUCGUGGAAAAGGCCAUGGUAAGUUGACUUUUCACAAAUAAAUAUAUUUCAACAA